CAUUGGUGUCGCGAGAUUACAGUGACAGCGCGAAUAUUCGAAUUGCAUGCUGGGUAAGCAGGCAAGCAUGGCGGACGAAGUUGAGCAGCAACAAACGACAAACACAGUCGAAGAACCCCUUGACCUUAUCCGACUUAGUUUGGAUGAGAGGAUCUACGUGAAGAUGCGGAAUGACCGCGAACUGCGGGGGAGAUUACAUGCUUAUGACCAGCAUUUGAAUAUGAUCCUCGGGGAUGUGGAAGAGACGGUAACAACAGUGGAGAUUGACGAGGAGACGUAUGAAGAAAUUUACAAGUCCACAAAAAGGAACAUUCCGAUGCUGUUUGUGCGUGGCGAUGGCGUGGUCCUCGUUGCUCCGCCCCUCAGAGUGGGAUAAGAAUAUGGAAGCUCCACCGCCUUGAUGGAUGGACAUUUCCUUUCUACAUUCGGAAACUAAGAACUUCAUUUGCUACAUUUUUGUUAUGUUUGAAACGCAUGGUUUAUUUGAAUCAUGAAUGAAAGUUAUUUUUGUCUGGAUCGCCAUUUAUUGCUCUUUUACUUGCUUUUACGUUGGGAUUGUACAUUGUUGCUAUAUUUUAGGUUGUUUAUUCUGCAUCCAUCCUAAAUAGUCUGAUUUCAUUUGCGAAAUGCAAUAAACAGGGGCAAAAGGUG